UUUUCUUUUUUCCUUUUUGCGUCUAUUUCACGGUCCCAGCCUCCCAGGACACAGUACUCCUUCCUCUCUCUCUCCUCCAUUGAACAUACAUGAAAUUCUUCAUUGAAGAGGCUUUUGAGCUUUCUCUCCUCCAUUGAAGCAGUCUCUAAGUCCCAGAUUCAGAUCCAUCAAUCCUAUUUAACUAAUACCCAGCAAUGGCUCUAUCUUUGCAGCGUUACACUUGGCCAGAUGACAACAGUCAUUUUAAUCAUCUCUUGAAACAAAGAAUUAAUAAAGAAAAAGAGAGGUCAAUGUUAAUUGCAAUUGAGAAGAUUGAUCAUUUACCUGAAAAUUUAAUCAUUGAGAUUCUGUCAAGGUUACCUGUGAAAGAUCUAUUACAGUUUAAGAGUGUUUGCAAAUCAUGGCAUGCUAUUAUUUCGAGCCCAAAUUUCAUAUCCAAACACCUGAAUAACUACUAUAACAAUGAUGAAAGUUGGCGCGGUUGUAUCCUUGUCCAAUAUUAUGUUAGCCAUGCUGAACUUCAGCUGUAUGAGCUGUUGGUUGAUGAAUCUCCUCAAGUUUUAGCUGAUGAAGUGUUAUAUAGUAUGCCAAUGUAUAGCUCGUAUAUUUGUGGUCCGUGUCAUGGAUUAUAUUAUCUGUACCAGUACGAUUCUAGUGGUCGUGCUUUGUGGAAUCCGGCUAUCAAUGAGUUUAAACCCUUGCCUAAAAUGAUUUGUAAGCCUGAUCUUCCAUCUGAAUUCACUUAUGCUUCUAAUGAAGUUUAUGGUUUUGGGUUUGAUCCUGUUAGUGGAGACUAUAAGGUGGUUGUUAUGAAAGGUUAUUGGCUUACUAAUUAUGAUGAUGAAAGUGGUGUCAAGCAUCCUCCAUCAGUCCUUGUCUAUUCCUUAAGGACUGAUUCGUGGAGGUAUUGUGGAGAUCUGGCUAGAGCUUAUGAUUUGGAAGGUAAUAAAUGUUACAUUUAUGUGAAUGGAUGUUGUUACUGGUUCGGAUCAUUUGAAUAUAGUUCUGAGUAUAGUUCUGAAGUGAUCAUUUCUUUUGAUAUGGCUACUGAUGCGUUCAAAGAGAUUGAUGUUCCAGACUAUGCACAACCAAGUUCUAGGUGUCUUGGAGUGUAUGAUGAUUCUCUUGCGUUUCUGUCUCUCCACGAGACGGACAAGAAGUUCGAUAUUUGGAUAUGGAGUGAGGAGUGUUGGACCAAGAAAUUUACUGUGGGGCCAUUGUCAGAUGUUCGUAGUCCUGUUGGUCAUUGGAAGGAUAACAGGCUCUUACUAGAAUGUGAAGAUGGUAAGCUAGUCUUAUUGGAUCCCGAAACACCACAAGAAAUAAAGGAUCUUGCAUUUCAGAAGCAGAGGUGGUGUGAAGGAGUUUUUGCUUACAUGGAAAGUCUGGUUUCGAUCAAAGAUAAGAAAGAGGCAGGGUUGCAGCCUGAGGAAGUUGAAGCAGAAAAUAACUAAGCAUUGGAUUUAUCAUUCUCUCCAACAUACCAGUGCAAAACCAGCCUAUGUUUGUCAAGUGCUUUGUUUAAAAAUAAAGAGCAAUCUUUUUUUUUUCUUGCAAGUAAUUCAGAGCUGAAUAAUGCCAUUGAUAUUGUUAUAUGGUGAAAUAUCUUGUAAAUUAGAGAUAGCUUUGAUGUGUUGUCUGUAAUUUGCUUAUUUUGUGUAUUCCAAUUGAUGAAAUAAGAGCCUUAUCAGCUCAUCUUAGUUUGUAUUUUUAUGUUAAAAAACAUGUUAUUAAUUUGUCCAAAAACUAGUUAUGCUGGAAA